UUGUGUUCGCGGCUUCGCGGUUAUUUUACGACUGAUGUUGUGAUACCAUUCAUAGAAGUUUUAGCCAGUUGAUUUGUUUUGUUCGCAACGUUGAUUGACAACGGUCGUGCAAUUUAAAUAUGUGAAAAAUUUGUUGACUUAAAAUUUUUUAAAUUCGAUUCUAUUUUGUUUUUUGUUUUUUUUUUUCGUUUUUCAACUCGUAUCAUGUUGAAUGUGAUUUUUAAUACCGAAUUUUUUCGUUCAAACCGACGUGAUUUUAGUGUAUUUUAUUUCAUGUGUUGAACAGUGAAAGUGAUCAAUUUUGUGUAUUUUUGGAGACGAAAAAUUCAAAGAUGCGGCUGAUUGUUUCGACGAUCGUGAUACUCUCCAUCUACCUACCAUGGUCAUCAUGCAACCAGCAGAAAGUUCAAACUACACAUACAAGGACAGCGCUACACGUGGCUCGAAGUUUAGAUCCCGAUUCGAUGGAGACGGUUCCGGUAAAAACAAAAACCGGCGAUAUAACGACAAUCAUAGUGAAGAAAAGACAAGGUAAAUCUAACAACGUUACCGGCAAUGGUGCAAAUAACAACGUGACGACAAAUUACGUAUUAAUAAGUAAAAGUGAAGAAUUCUCCGUUAAUGGAACGGAAAACACAACAACAGAAAGUAUGGCCAGAGAUAAAAUUAUAAAUAACCAGUCGGUAAAUUUCACCGCGCAAAAUGUAACCGCAUCGCAAAAUCGCACCGAUCGAAGCGACCACUCACCUCGGGUACCGGAACCAGUUUAUGUAAGCUCUUCGAUGAUAUACGUUAAAAACGAGCAAAACGCCGGCAAAAAGAGCCGAAGCUUGGUUAAAUUGGAUUACGACGGUAUUCCGAUCGUUACCGGAGUACGAGUACCGGACGACGAAACAGAUAAGCAAAUAUGGCGAAAUGCUCGCGUCAUCAACGGUGUUCUAGUUCCUUACGACAAAUCGGAUAAAGAAGCACUCAACAAACAGAAACCAGCUCGUAAACCAACUACCCCUAGACCAACGGUCGUUCAAACCACCGAUGGCUGGAUGAAAAUCGGAUCGAUUAUCAAAAAACCAAGCAAAUUAAAUCCCGUUCCCAGCGAAUCGAAAGAAGACACGUGGACAAGCGAUCCCCGAUGGGACGUUUAUAAGAAACCCGCCAGCGCCAGGCCAGUUUCGCCAACCGAACCUCAAAUGCUGCAGACCAUCGAUAUGGGAGACGAGCCGGAGAAAUCUCGACCAUUCAGCGAAUACUCUCAGUAUCCUUUGGGCUUAUGGGUAUCUCAAGAGAAUUCAGCCGAUCCCGAACACAAAUACGUGACCGAUCGAAUCCUCGAAUACAUCAAGAAUAUAAAUAAAGAAGAAAUGAAACGUCUGUCUGUGCAAAAAUUCACCGCCAGAGACGCUCGCAUGUUACCAACGGCCCACGAACAGCCGGCCAUUCAAUCGAGAAUAUUACACGUUAGCGGUUCGAGCGUAUUCCCCAAUUCGGCCAUGUACUCUCCGUCCACUCAACCUCCAUCCAGAGUUUCCUUCGAGGAAGGCGUUCGGACGCCGGUCUUGCAAUACGCGCAUCCCGAAUAUGGUGUCCAAUCCGCCAAAGCUGAGCCGACGCCCAUCGAUGUAAUGGAAAGUAAAAAAGAUCAGUUAUUUUUCGCCGAAGAUAUACAUUCGGAUCGAGGCCCUUUCGCCUUUGAACCGGCAACGCCGUCAGAUGCCACUAAAACCAUCACCGAUAAAAGAUCGCACGCUCCCACCGAUUUAUACCAACGACCGAAGAAAACCUUGGCGUAUUUCUACCCCGAAAAACAAGUCUACCUGCCGAACAAAUACUACGGAAAAUAUCCGGCUAUGAAAAACGACUACAAGGUAUCCGAUUAUCCCACCAUUUAUUACGAAGAUCUAGACGGUCGUCCUUUUUGGCUGCGCAUCGGUGACUCGCUCAAAGAACAGGUGCAAAGUGGAAUCGAUAAAGUUACCGAUUUAACGCGUCCGGUCGUCGAGCCUCUCGUCGAAGCCACUCAAAAGAUCUCUCAAAAUCUUGGAUUAUCAUCUGGUAAUCGAGAUCUGUCAACUAUACGUGAAAAACUGGGCACUGUUUCCACUUCUUCUCUAAUCCUGCCGGCGAUAGGAAUAGUCGCCGGAGGCGCUGCGUUGGGGCUUGGUGCUGUAGCUGUUGGUCGGUACCUAAAUUACGACGUAGUGAAAAUGCGAAAUGGCAAAUCAAUCGAAUUCGAAAACAACCUAGAAGUUGCAGCUGACCCGACAGUGGCUGCGAAUUUGGAAAACAUGUGGGCAGAGGAUAACAGCAGAUCUCCCAGCAUAGAAGCUCCCAUUAGUAAGGAUUCCGACAGUGCAACGAGUAGAAAACGACGCUCGACUAAUUUCUUAGAAUCGGAUAAAUAUUUGGAGAACAUUCUACAAUCUUUAGAUGCGCCGAGUGAACAACAAAUGUCCGCCGAUAAUUACCCCUCGAGUAUGUGGAGUGAUACACCAUGCUCGAAAAAAAUAUUCUGCGAAGCCAUGUUGACUCAACCUGAGGAUGCAGCUUCUUUAAUGGAUAAGAAAAUAUACACUUUCCUAUCGCUAAUACAUCCAGACAUCGCUGCUACAGUGGCGCCGCAUUUGGAAGACGUGAUGAGAUCAGUAAAAACGAAAAAUUGUUCCAAAUACGUGUGCCCAUCGUGGAGACCAUCGAAACAAAAACAAUUUUCAAAUGGUACCUAGAGGACCCCAACUAUACAGUGAUCUGAAAUCGAAAAAUUUCGGCGAAUGAUUUCACUUUAAAUUUUAAUUGAUGAAUAAGACUGACUACGAAUAUACAUACAUAUUCAUAAUAAUGAUAAUUGAAAUUAAUAAUAACGAUAAUAUUGUGUAUUAUUUUGUAUUAUUAAUAGCAUUACUGAAAACGAAAAAAAUUAAGAAAAAAAUUUCCUCCUAAGUAUACCAGUAUUAUUUAUUAUAACUAUGUAUAUGUAAAACAAUUGUAAAUAUUUUUUCUUUUUUUUGAAAAACGAUCAUUUAAUUUAUUUAAAUUAAUUUUCUUUUAUGCAUUUUGCUAUUGAAAAAUUACUUAUAAGAACUCGUACAUCUUGCGAAAUUAACGAGAUGAAUUUUUAAGCUGUUAAAUGUUAAUAUAAAUUAUUAAAAGAAAUGUAUCGAGCGAAGAUUUUC